AUGCACAUCUCUGCCGGAAGCACCCUCGCGACGGUCGCUGUCGCCAUCUUUGCCUUCAGAGCGUCAGUUGCAGCGCAAGCAAUCCCCGAAAUCACCGCACCUGGGAUGCCCCCUAUGAGCGACAAUCAAACGUGGAUGAUCACCCCCCCAUUGACACCAGAUGACGAGGACUACAUCGACGAGUCUGAUUACGCAAGGCUCAUGAAGAGAGCCCCCCCAGCCGGUUCAUACAUAUGCGACGGUACAAACUGGGGCGGCAAAUGCAAGUGGACACCAAUGACGGACUACCAAUGCCUCGACUACCCCGCCAAUGCUGCUUCCUCGUUCGGUGCACCUCAAGGCUGGCAAUGCAAGAUCUUCUACAGCAAAGGAUGCACGCCCGGCACUGGCACCGAUGGAAAGCUUACAUACCCGGGCACCCCGAACCUGGGAGCCACUUAUAACAGGAAGGACAAGCCAGGGUCGUACAUGUGCAGGAUGUGCAAUACCGCGUCCGGGGAUCAUCCGUGGCUGGAGAACCCAUACACACUGUAUACUGACGACGAUGUUUUCUUUGGCAGCGUCAACAACAAUGCGCCGGACUUCUACUUCGCACAAGUCAAGUAUGGAUAUGGCGGGGACGGAGGUACCUGCACUUCUUGGGAUGCCAACAUCGGGACCACCAAGAAGUAUACCUGCUUACCGCAGGCGACUGUUGAUCCUCACUUCGUGUAG